GCAGGACAAAUCCGUGCGCGUGCAUAGGCGACUGCGCGUGCAUGUCCGCUUGGCUGCGGUGAACAUCACUCACUGACUGGCAUCAGCACCGCUCAACUUUGACCUCGCUCCGGGCUCCUCUGUUGGGACGAAAGGACGCAAUCGAAAAGAGCCUGUCGGUGGAAGUGAAUUGAGCCAAAGCACGUUUGUCGCUCUGUUUCGGGUCCUGACCAAGUUGGUAUUUGUCUACAAAUGGAUAAUGGAGACUGGGGCCAUAGGAUGACAACUCCCGUCACCUUAAACGUCGGAGGUCACCUGUACACAACCAGCUUGUCCACGCUGCAGCGUUAUCCCGACUCCAUGCUGGGCGCCAUGUUCCGGGGAGACUUCCCAACAGCCCGCGACUCCCAGGGCAAUUACUUCAUUGAUCGCGACGGGACGCUUUUCAGGUACAUCCUGAACUUCCUGCGGACGUCGGAGCUCACCCUCCCGGCUGACUUCACGGAGACGGACCUUCUGAGAAAAGAGGCCGACUUCUAUCAGAUUGAACCCUUGAUCCAUUGCCUGAGCGAUCCCAAGCCGCUGUACCCUCCGGACAUCUUCGAGCAGGUUGUGGAGCUUUCCAGCACACGCAAACUGUCCAAGUACUCCAACCCAGUCGCCGUCAUCAUCACACAGCUGACCAUAACCACGAAGGUCCACGCCUUGCUCGAGGGUAUUUCCAACAACUUCACCAAGUGGAACAAACACAUGAUGGACACCAGAGACUGCCAGGUGUCCUUCACCUUCGGGCCGUGUGACUAUCACCAGGAGGUGUCCCUGCGAGUUCAUCUCAUGGACUACAUCAUGAAACAAGGCUUUACCAUUCGUAACACGCGUGUGCACCACAUGAGCGAGCGGGCCAACGAGAACACGGUGGAGCAUCACUGGACGUUCUGUCGACCGGCUCAAAUAGUGGAAGAUUGAUUUGUUGUCGCCGUGUUAAGAUGGGGUCAAAUGCACGUAUCAUCAUAAAGGGAGUAUGUAUUUUUUUUGUUUGGUUUGGCCACGAUCCAUUCCGAUGUAUCAAACGAGUAAUAGUUUAAAAGAUGUUCAAAAAGACAUGACUGAGGACAAAGUGAAGAUGAAUAAAGGAGACCUUUAGAAAAAGGAAGAAACAAAAUGAGCCAUGAUAAAGACAUGAGUCAAUAUGUGAUGCCAAUGUUUGUAUGUUUUACAUUUUGAAAUGAGCAAUACAUUCCACAGUUAUUACCCCGCAAAGUUGGAAUGGCCGACUCCUGCCUGCGUGUGUAUGUUUUUAUACGUCUGACUUGCCCUUGUCUUGCUGUGCGGUGCUUUUGAUGAAGCCAAAAAUAGGAAGUGUUGGAUGCUCGCUUUGGGCUUCGGCAACAUUCUCGUGUUUGAGGGCUCUUGGAAACUUCUUCCUAGUGGCACUUUGUUGAAAUGUAGCAUUUUGCCUCAUGAGUUAUUCCGUCUAAAAAGAGAAUUUGUAUAUAAAUAUAUAUACUCUACCUUGGAAGCCAAUUCUGGUGAGCCCAUGGUGCUCUUAGCUGUUUAUAUUCUUAAUGAUACUUCUGUCCUGUGUAGUUGUUGCAUGUUUUUAAUGCAUCUGUUUAGAUGUAUGUUUGUAGUUUUGUGUCAUGCUGUUACACUUGCCAUUAAUAAAUCCAGUAUCUCAAA